AUGGCACAUACAUAUAAAGUACAUUACUUUGAUAUUAAGUUUAUCGCAAGAGGUGAACCGAUUCGAAUGCUAUUAAGCUAUGGCGGAAUCCCGUUCGAGGAUGUACGUGUUAAGCACGAAGAUUGGCCAAAAGUUAAACCCACUACUCCUCUUGGACAACUUCCAGUAUUGGAGAUAGACGGCAAAGCGAUUCCCCAAUCUAAAGCAAUCUGCAGAUACUUGGCAUCACUAGUAAAACUAGAUGGAAAAGAUGUGAAAGAAAAUGUUGCACUAGAUGUCGCUAUCGAAACUCUUUUGGACAUACAAAACCUUACCUUCGAUUCGAUGUUUAUAAGUGAUGCGGUUGAAAAAGAGGAGAAACUUAAAAAACUGAAAGAAGCCACGUCUUUCUAUUUUGGAAAGUUAGAAGAAUAUGCCAAAAAACACAAUGGCUACAUAGCUUUUGAACGAUUGUCAUGGGCUGAUAUUUUAUUCGUUUGCGUCUAUCAGUUAUUGGCCAACGUUGUAGGUAAAGAGGCUGUCGAUGCUUAUCCUAGUUUACUGAAAGUUAAGAAGAACGUUCUAGCUGUAAAGAAUAUCAAUAGCUGGAUUAAAAAUCGACCAGCAUUACCUGGAUAUGACUUGAAACAAGAUCUUUAA